GUUGGCAAUUCCAUCCGGACCAGAGGCAGACCUACAAUUUAGGCUAUGUAAUACUGCCCUGACGUCGCUGGUACUGAAUGGUUCGUCAAGUGUUGGAUUCGGCUCGCCCUUGUACGUAGGAUAGUCCGUCGGACGUACGCUACCAACCGGAAGAUAUCUGUUCGCCAACUCAUCCGCAAUGACGCCCAUGGGUUCUGACCGCUUCGCUUCAUGAAGGACCUUUUCUAUCGCGUGCCUCUGAUUAGACUUGGAAUUCGUGUCGUCUAGGAGGUGUUUGAGCAAGGUCCAUUUUCCUCCGACUCUCAUCUGACCAUCCACAGAGUUACAGAGUUCAUCCCAUUGCUGCUUAGCUAGCACCUGACAAUGCUCUUCAACGGUCCUGUUCAGUUCUGCAAUCUUUUUUCGAAGCUUCCGAUUGAGCCUCUGCCCUUUCCAUCGGUCAACGAGUGACUUUUUAGCCUCCAGAAGAUGCGCCAACCGGCUGUCCAUCCUGUCGACUUCGAGGUCGGUCUGGAUUGACUUCGUGGCCGCCUUGACGUCCUCUUUUAAUUGUUCAGACCAUCGUUCCAAAUCAGGAGGUGAGUGUUGGGACUGCCCACGCUUUUCUCGAAGUGUUAGAAACAGGUCCCAGUCUGUGACGGUAAAGCUUCUUAGUCUUUUCGUCUCCACAAACAUGCUAGUGGCUAAGAUAUGGUGAUCGCUGCCCAGAUCUGUCAAUAAGUUUGACCAGGUCAUCGAAUCGACAUUUUUGACAAAUGUAAGAUCCGGCACAGAGUCUCUAGAGCACGAAUUGCCAAUUCUAGUGGGGAAAGCCGGAUCAGUGAUUAAAGUGAGGUUAUUGUUGGCUGCACUUUGCCAUAGGUCGAUACCUUUGUGGGUAUUCUGGGGAUAUCCGCACGCCUUUCGUGAAAAAAGCUUACGAUAGGAUUUCGCAGUAUAACUUGCCCAGUCCAAUCACAUGAAUUAUGUGCGCCAAAGACGAGUGCUCGCUUGCGGAGUCGGCCGGCUGCUCUGAAUCCGCCGUUGGAAUUGAGAAUGGUAUUACGCGACCUCCAGCGCUAUGCGCGCGCGACGACACUGCGCACGAAGUCACCAGCCACCUCUGCUGUCCCAGCCAAUGCGCCCACGUUCAAUCAGCAAGCGACUGUUUAGCGGAACUUACCCAGCCCAUUAAACAUCCUUAUUUCGCCAAAUAUAUAUUUAUCCUUCUAAUGCUACACGCUUGUGCGAAAGUGUCGCUCUUUAUAUGCAUUACGCGCACGUAUGCUGUCAUACUACUGUUCUCUGUUUCGAUUAGCUGUCGUAGAAUAUUUAUUCCUUUUUUUUAAAUCAUGUGUGACGGCGUGUUCUGAUGCCGCAGGGCAAACUAACGCAAUAAGAAACAUUAUUCAUUUUGAAAAGAAAUUUUAUUCACAUUUGUGCCGCAGCCACAGCAUUGAUAGGCGAGGAAGUUCAUUCUCGAUAUGGUGCACGCCUUGGUAGUUAAGGCCCUAAAUUGAUUUCACGUUUUGAAGUUGUUCUAUCUCAAAGAAAUUAUUUCCUUAUUCUCAUUUCAACGUUCGUACCUGCUUGCACCCAGACUAUGUUAAUGAAAGUCUUAUCUUGAUCACAAUGUUAUUAAGAAUUAAUACUGACAAACGCACAUGCUUUGUGGCCAGUCCACCGCAGCGGUUACGGGUUUUUUCAGCGGAGAACAAGAAGAAGAAGAAGAAUUUCGCUGCACGAACAUGGCUGCUAGUGAUACAGCGAUACAUCGAGCUACCCCGGAUAAUCAGCCCGUGGGGCACGCUCAAGCGACGAGCGGUGACGCCGAAGUGGGUGACACCGAGGCGAGCGAGGAGAGGCAGGGUCCUGCCCCUGUUGCUGGCCCUGAACAACCGCAGGAAGGACAGCAGCCCGGCGACGAUGCUGUGCUGACCAGAAGUGUGCGCACCUUGGCUUGGUUCUGGGGACUACUUCCCGGAAUGCUGGCGGGCGCUGCGAUCGCCUACCUGGAAUGGUCCAAGAUGAAAGAUGAUGUGGCCGAGCAAUGCAACACGAGCGACUGUCUGUAUGCGACGGAGCUGCUGAAAUCGGCGCUAGAUCGAAGCUUCAAGCCAUGUGACGACUUCUACAGCUUCGUGUGCUCGCGCUACACUGGACCUCAGUACACCGUCCUUGCUUCGAACUCCACCCAGAAGGCUGCUGGUCUGUUCCGUGCCUGCGUCAGCAUGGCGAAUACCUCUAGAUCCGAGGUGCGGCUCGACGAUGUUACCCUGAACGAGCACUCGGGCGCCGGCGUGUCAGAGGAGGAGGGCUCAGCUGGUGUCAAGGACAAUGAUCCACUGUCCGGCAACAUUGACACGGUUCUGCUGAGCCCUCACUUCAACCUGGUUGACAGCAUGGUGUCUGCUGGCUCAGGGUUACCACAUAUGGACAGCAAGGACGUUGAAGAUGUUUUCAAGGGUGUGCUUAGCCCUGGUGAUAGUUGUGGACCACCUGAGAGUGUGGGCUCCAUGGGUGCGUCGGCAACCAGCAUGUCACCCCUGCCGCAGCAGCACGGUGCCUCGGGGUCACGACCUGCACCCGUGAUGCAGAACCCGCUCACUCCGGCCAGCUCCCACAGUGUGGGCUCACCCUUCAGCAUGCCCUCCCCGUCACCUUUUCCCAUGGAGUACGGCAGUCCCCAGCUUUCUGAGCCGCCUCCGAGUCCAUGGAUGGAUCCCGAUGCCGACCUGCCGUCCACGGGAGGCCAUAAGAACAUCCUCAAGUGGGAGAGUGAUGAGGCCCUUGGUGCUGGGGCCACCAUCUCACCUGUUCUCUAUGCUAACCUCAACUACCAGAACCUGCGCAUGGAGUACCCAAGCUGGCCCGAGCGAUCCAAACAGAUCGCAAAGAUUUGGAGAAAUCUGACUCCCGAGAAACGACAACCAUACCUCCAAAAAGCGAGAGAAAACCGGGCGGCCAGUCGCAUUCAGAAGUCACAGGACCCCGGUAAGGUCGCGCGCGAGCAGAAGUCGCCACGGGAAGUGGAGCAGGAGCGACAGUGGAAGCAGAUCCAGCAUGUUCGUCAACAGCAGCAGCAGCAGCAGCAACAACAGCAGCAGCAGUCUCAGCAACAGCUGCCACCACAGCAGCAACAGCAGCAGGGACAACAGCAGCAGCAGCAGCAGCAGCAGCUACAGAUGCAGCACCAGCUGCCGCCACACCUCAUGGCUGACCAACAGAGACCUGCUGUGGGGAAGAGCCAUCAGUCGAUGCUGGGAGAGACCUCUCCAGCGGGGUCCCUCUCGCCUUCUGCUCCUUCACCAACUUCCUCACAGCUCAUUGGAGCCACUGCUCAGAGCCCACUGUCUCCUGCACAAGCGCAACGCUCACCCGGCCCUGUGCGCAUGCCCUCGGCGCCCGUGAGCCCCCUGAUCCAGGUGUCUCGGGUGCGUCCCCCCAUUGACCCCAGUCGCCUGCCUCCAUCGUCGCCAGAUUCCUAUGGUCCUGCCCCCGCACCCCCGCCUCCUCCACCACUGCCAGGGCAGUCGGGCGGACCAGAACGCUUUCUCCAGCCACUCAGACCCCCCGGGAUGGCCGCACCGCCACAGCGAGGCCCACUUAUGCGCCAGCCCUCCCAGGACGAGGCAGCACCACCGCCUCCGCCACGAAGCACGCCUCCCCACACACCCUCGCCAACUUCCAGGGCCCCUCCUUCCAUGGACCCGUAUGCCCAGAUGCCGGGCACACCAAGACCAGCUCCGAUGUCCGAUGGAGGCUACCAUCCUGGAUAUGCGCGAUCACAAGCUGCAGCAGCAGCGGCAGCGGCAGCAUCGAGUGCUCCGAAGAUGACAAGGCCCGCAGCCACUUCUGAUCCGUAUGCUGUGCCGCCUGGAACACCCAUGCCUCCGGCGUCUAUGUCCGAGCCACAGCAGCAGCAUCCGCAAUACUCCCCACAACAAGGUUACGGAGCAAGUCCACGAGCAGCUCCACAAGCCACACAUGCUUCCAUGGAAGUGCUCGCAAGUCCGCCACAGCCGCACACCCCCCUUCAGCAGCAGCAGCAGCAACAACAGCAACAACAGCAACAACAACAGCAGCAGCAGCAGCAACAGCAACAGCAACAGCAGCAGCAAUCAUCACAACAGCCACAGCGGUCACCACAACACCAGCCACAGCCAAUUCAGUCUCCCUCAACAUCGCAAGCCCCAGAGCCCUUUGGAGGCUCGGCUGAUCCUUACACUAGGCCUGUGGCGACGCCGCGUGUGCCAUCCUCUCCGAGUGCGGGCACGCCUCCGAGUGCUGCUGGAGUACGGCCUGAGGAAAUGGUCAUUGGUGGGGAGCAGCAGGUGCUAGCCCGGCAGCAGCUUCGGGACUUGCUGCAGCGCCAGUUGAAGAAGGAACAGCACUCGGUUGCACCACCACAGUCACCUCUGGGACCUCCACAGCAGAAGCUCCCUCAGCAGUGGCCUCCGCCACAGCAAGCCAUGCAGCUGGGCAUGGCAUUGCAAGGGAACCGAAUAGCCAUGGGUGGACCUGGAGAACUGGGAUUUCGCACUCCGCUUCCCCCUGGAAGCAUGGCUUCCCGCAUGGCCUCUGUUGAGCAGCAACAGCAGCAGUUGCAGCAGCAACUGCAACUACAGCAGCAGCAGCAACAGCAGCAACAGAAGUCCCUGACCCCACAACAGCAGCAGAUGCAGUCACAGCAACAGCUGCAACAGCAGCAGCAACUGCAGUUGCAGCAACAGCAGCUGCAGCACAAGCAACUCCAACAGCAGCAGGCACAACAACCAGCUCAGCAACUCCAUCCUGGCCAGCAGGGCUUCCCGCACGGUGGCAUGCCAGCCGAGCCAAGAGACCUCCAACAGCAGCAGCAGCAGCAGCAGCCACAGCAGCCAGGGGCCGUGCGGCCUCAGCUGAACGAUUUGCGACUCCGCAUGAUGAUGCAGCAUCGACAGGAGGCAUUACGACGGCAUCAGUGGUCAAAUCAGAUGCACCCGCACCAGCAGCAGCAGCAGCAACAACAGCUGCAGAGACUGCCACUAAAUCGCCUCGAGCAGUUUGACCCGCAGCGAGCGGCAGCCAUGCAGGCACAGCACCUGGGCAUUCCACCGCAGCACAUGCCAGGGCCAAGGUCAGCGAUGUUCAGGCCGCCAUCCUCCGGAUUUCCAGACGGUGCUCUGUUGUCCAAGGAAGGGAACCUUAUUCAGGGUGGCACCUUCCCUGCACAGGGCACUUCACAGCAACAGAGCAUGGUGGGCAACAUCAUGUCGGGGGAAGGCCAGCCUGGUCAGAGUGGCAUGUCCGAGCCACCGCAGCAGCCACCUCAACACCAGCAACAACAGCAGCAGCAACAGCAGCAGCAACAGCAGCAUCAGCAACCUGCCCGAGCUGGCGGUAUGAGUAGCGCUGAUGCUGCUUCGUCUGCUGCUGCUGGCGCCAGUGCUGGCUCGGAGACCCUGGAAUCCCAGCCGGCAAAGAAAAAGACUGCGGGGGACUUGGUGAAAGAAGUCGAGGCACAGGGCACUGAAGACCCAGACGAUGGUGGCGGAGACAUGGAGGAUGAUUUGGAUGAUGACGAACUUCUGGGUCUUGGAAAUGACUUCAAUAUACUGGAGUAUGCUGAUCCGGAGCUGGAUCGAGCCUUUGUGGGAGAAGGAGAAAAAAGCAACAUCCUCGACGAGCACCUCGACUUGGAUGACAAAGAAGACGACCUGGACGAGGUUGGACGCCAGGAAACAGACACAAAAGACGACGACACAGCCAUGUCUCAGGGAGGUAGCGGUGUCAAGCAGGAGCCUAUGGUCAAACAGGAAGAGCGUAAGAUGGAAGACCACAAACCAUCUAGUCUGGGCUUUUCAACGUUUUCGACAGAAGGCGGCACUUCGAACCAACAGCAGCAACCUGCGCAACAGCAGCAGCAAGAGCAGCAACAGCAGCAAGGGCAGUUGCAGCAUCAGCAGCAGCAGCAGCAACUCAUGCAGCAACAUCAGCAACAGCAACAGCAGAUGCCCAAAAUGGCCAUGUUUGAGAAUCGGCCGCCCAUGAACGUGGUGCCGACCGCUUCCUUCACGAUGGCAGGCCAGCACCCGGGCCUUCGCGGGAUGCGGCCACCACCGCCUUAUGCAGGUGGCACCGCCGCCAUGCCGGGCGUCCGCAUGAUGGCCCACUCUAUGCCAGGGGCUGCCAUGAGUCACUUGAGGGGUUCCUUGGCGGGCAUGCGUCCUCCGGUACCGGGCGUACCCAUUCCGGGGCCAGCCAUGGGCGGCGGUCUGAGCGGGCCAUCCGGCGAUCAUCGGCCCCUGUUGCUGCAGGAGCAGCCUUUGCUGCUCGAAGAUCUGGUCGAGCAGGAGAAGAGGGAGCAGCGAAAGCAGAGUGGAGAGGCUGCGACGGCAUCCCUGCUGAGCGAUGUGGACUUUGAGCGGCUCAAGGCCGACGUCCUCUCGGGCCCGCCCGAUGACAGCAUUGGAGCACCAGCACCUGUCAUGCCCCAGGCGACCCUUCUGCCUGCCAUGCCGCAACAGCAUCCUGUGAACCCAGGCCAGCUUGUGGGCAAUCCCGGCCAGCGUUACCACCCGAUGCAGGGUGGCCCGGCAGGCUGGCCUGCCAGCGGCAUGGUGGCAGGUCCAGCUCAAGCGGCCGGACCACACCUGAUGCGCCAGCUGCCCGUGGGGCCAGGAGGGCCCAUGGUGUCUCCGGGUGGUACCAUGCACCUGGUGCGCACCGAGCAAGGUGCCAUCCGCGUGAUGGGGGGUCCUCCUCCCCACAGGCCACCAGAUCAGCUCGGACAUGCCGAUAAGGUGUAG